GUGUAGACCUAUAGACAGAGUGGUGUUUUGUAUCCCCAUCUUCCUGCGGGAAGUCCAAAAGGCCACCCCAAGUAAACAAAAAAUAGUUGUCUUUUAAAACAUUAAGAUUUUAAACAAAACGCCACCGAUUAAAAGAUCAACAAAAUGAAAACAAUUCUAAACGAGAGUGCUGUUGAAGUGUCAAUCGGUGGGAGUUGUCCAAACAAAAUGGUAGAUGACUUGAGUUGUCGUAUCUGGGCAAAGGAAUUCAAUAUCCUUUAGCUGGAAUAAUUAUGAGGACAACAAUUAAAUCUGAAUAUAAAUUUAAAAAAAGUCAAUCAAUCUGUCUGCCGCGCGGCUUGUUAAUUCGUGAAAGAAAAAUGUUCUCCAUCGUCGGUAAGAACUCGAUGUUCGCGUCGGUGUCGGUAAUAGGUCCGUAACUUCAAAAUAAACAAAACAAACAAACCUAAUUCGAAAAUCUGAACUUCGAAAUUCGAAUGAUUAACGCCUCAAUUAAGUGCGCGUGGUUUAUUAUGCUCUUGAAAUUACUCGAAAUUAUCAAGAUAUAAAAUUGAAAAAUAAUCUUUAACAACAAUAAUACUGUAGUUAAACAAUUUUGAAAGUGUUGUGCUGUGGAAGAAGUGUUAAUAAAUAAAGAAAAACGUGGAAGUCUGCUGACAUCAAAACGAUACUCGAUUCGGUAAUCGACUUCGAUUUCGGUAUAGCUCCCACAAAAGCCAAAAAAAAAAACAAACUACCUUACCACUGCACAGUACAUCCGAGUGAGAUGGUUAUAUACAAGCCAAUAAGAGAGUAAACAGUACAUUUUGAAGAGAAGAAUCAUCCUCUAGCAGCCAUGUUCCCAAGUUCUAUGUACAGCGGCCACUACGAAAAAAUCCUACUAUCUUGUCGGCCGCCAUUGUUUUGUGCGUGAAAAAUCGAAAAACGGAGCAUUUUUGUCGAUUCUCUGUUCGAGGCGGAUAAUUCUUUUCAAAUUUCCAUCCAAUUCGAACGCAUUUAUCGAAUCAAAUCCCCAUAAAUACUUGCUUAAUGUGUUUCUAAAGCAAAACAGUGAAAUAGUUUACCACGAAAUUGCAGAAUUUAUUCCAACAAAAAUUCAAAAAGGAACAAAAAUUGUAACGAAAACAAGAGCAACACUACUAACUACCAGACCAGUGUCUAGCGAUUUAGAAUUACAAAAAUAGCAUUUCCGUUUAAGCCAAGUGAAAUUAUAUAAAAAAUAAAAACACCUACAAGGAAAAAGAAACCAAAUAAAAAUUCCAUUACAGAAAAUGGAUAAUUUUUCGUGAAGUAUAGAAUUCUUUCGAAAUAAAAUUAAUUUUUCUUGCGGUAUAUGAAGAAAAAGUAUGUAAUGAAUUUUUUUUUAUUAUUGGAAAAUUGUGUGAAAGGAAAAAUAUAACCCGAGAGAAAAUUCAGAUCAAAAAGUAGUAGAAGCGAGAAGAAGAAGAAGAAGAAAAGAAGUGCGAGAGAAGUAGAAGAAUCUGAAUUUAAAAUAAAAGAAGAAAGAGUGUCGCGCGAGUGCAGCAAAAGUAGCAAUAGCGAAAGCAAGCAGCAGCAAUAACGAACGAGUUGAGUGGAUAAAUCUUAUUUUGCGAUUCGAUUAGAAUAUUUUGUGGAUAAAUAAACGUCGUUUUAAUUGGAUUACAUUUUUGGAUAAUUAAAAACCAAUUUGAAAUAAAUUUUGAAUUCGGUGGAUGGAAAAGUUUUGGUAACAAAAACAUCAAACCAAGCGGUGCGAUAUAAUUUCGCCUCUAAAGUAAAUGAAUGGGCUUACGGACCACAACUAGAACCCCAAUACCAUCAAUUCACACAGAAAGCCCAUGCGAAAGUGAAUUACCAUCAACUUCGUUAUCGGUAGGCGGAAUUUUAAAAUCAACACUAUAUCUGCAGCCCGAUGCAGCAAUUUCGGGUAAAAUGGCACCAGCUCUAACUGAGCCGUUAAGUCCGACGAAUAAAUUAUCUUCAUCGGCGGCAUCGGCUUCUCCAAGACCAACUGCCGCAAGCAGCCCUCUUCAAACUAAUAACAAUAGCAACAACAACAACAAUAAUAACACUCAGACAAAUAAUAACAAUAAUGACAGUAACAUUGAGUCAGUAAGUGAUAAUUCGAACUUACAAACCAGUUCGAACCAUAACUCAAGUGGCAGUGAUAAAGACAAAAUUGUGGAAGGCAAACCAGUGCCAGUAACAACUGCACCAAUAGCAGUAGCACCACAACCACCACCUUCUGUCGCAUCGGCAAAAGGGGCUUUUCAGCUGGCAUUCGAGCAGAGUGUUGGUGUUCGCAAGACACCUACGCCUACGCCUUCAACAGUAGUGAAUGGUGGAGAGACUUUGUCUGCUAAUUCCAUUCAAAUGGGUCCCAUGUGUGACUCAAAAUUAUCGCAACCGCCGGCAUUAGGACCCAAUUCUUCGCCUUUGAUAAAAUCAAAGAUAACUCAGAUAGACCCUGAAACUGCGGCAAAAAUAAUAACUUCACAAUUCGAAGAUUUCCCAAGUGAUAUUGAGGAGGCUAUAACAGCGGAAAUUUGUCUAAGACAAAAAUUAAAAUCAACUGAGGAGCAAGAACAACCACAACAAGAGCAACAGGAAGCACAAACAGCGAAAGUGGAAGAGGACAAAGUGAGUUAUUCUAAACUUGGCGAACAUUUAUUCGAAGAGCCCAAAAAGCCAAUGGAAGAAGAAAUCAUAAAAUCAAAUGAUAAAAGUCCGCAGCCAGUUAAAACAGACGAUGAAAUCCCAGUACACGAGAUUGCCAGCGGAGAAGCAAAAGAAACCAUUUCUGAUGAUAAGCUUCAAUCGAAAAACGAGGAAGUCCUUAACAAGCCACAAAAAUUAAAUAUAAUCUCUGUUCAAGAGCUUCCACCAAUUAAAACAGAUUCAACAGUGACAGCAUCAGAAGAUGAUAAUAUCGAAGAACGCUUGAAACAACUGGAUGGUACAGAUGAAUGCCCGAUGCCCAUUAGCCAAGAAAGUGGUGAUCAUUUACCAGCUACGCCUCCACGGAAUUCAUCAGCACAAGUAAUGACGUCGCAAUUGACGCCGACCAGCACGGCGAACAUCCCAAACACACCCUCUUUAUCCUCCCUAACUCCUCUCAGCACUACUUCAACCCUAUGUGGUAGUAGUGGUAGUCAUGCAAAAGAAUUCAAGGACACCAAUAGCGAAAUUGAUCAUGAUAUCGAUGACGACCUGUUGCAGGUGUUGAAAGGCUUCGAUCCUAAUGCUGCUGGAACUGAUAUCUGUGACUUGGCUGGGUUUCUCAGCGAAUACGGGAUGAACUACGAAGAUGUUAAUCCACCAACAGCCAAGGAAAACCCAAUCAAAGAAGUGCAGCUUGAAAUCGAGAAAAAUCAACAAACAAUGCAGCGAAAGAUCGACUUCCUGUCAAGACGUUUGCGCAAGCUGCAGGCCCGCUAUAUGAGCAAACAGGCCAGCGAGGAAAUCGCUGGUCUGUUCGAAUGGUCAGCACGGAUAACAAAACGUAAAAACAGCAAUGUGGACCAUCAACAAAUGACAUACGCUGAAGAGAGGUAUCAUCCGGUCACAACGACGACCAUGCGAAGUGUUCUUAAGAAAAUCGAGACUGCAGCUAGUAGUUCUCAGCAAGUUUCUCCAGAGAAAAAGAUACAAUCAGCAGCUAGUACUGGUAAAGUAACUGAACCUGCUUUUACUGGUCCUCCUUCAGUUGAAGUUGUAGUGCCGACGUUCGAUGAAAAGAUAACGGAGGAGAUAGCUCAUGUAUCGGGAAGGUUACAAGCAGAAAUGCGUGAAGUACAGAGUGCGAUAGACUCAGAUGCUACAGCAUCAAGUUCCGGAGGCGAAUCAGCUGAUGAAAUGGUUCCGUACAACAAUAUCUCACAGGAAACAUUGCCGAUUGCCAAACGUGCUGCAUGGCGGUAUUCACGUGAUCGUGCAGCAAUAGCAUCGCGGUGGUCAUGGUUGGUGUCUCAGAUCUCCGAUCUGGAGUUUAAAAUUCGGCAACACACGGAGCUUCAUCAGCAAUUACGUCAACGUAAGGGCAAAGUUAUAUUGGUUGAUGCAUCGUCGGAAGCAGGUAAUCUCGGGUCAGCAGCGGCAGCUACAGGAGCAGCAUCUACUGGCACUGGUCCAAAUGGUUAUCGUGGCGCGUUGCCUGGUGCAACACCUUCAAAGAUGUCAGGCGGAUUUACCACUGCUGAUGAGACAGAUCUUGACGCAGCUAUUGAUGGAAGUAAUGAAUCAUCCCAAGGCUCCUGUCGAACAAGAGCCUUUCAAAGUAGUUUCUAUCGCAAGAGAAAGCUCUUCCAAACGGCAAAUGUACAUACGAUAUCAAAAAAAGCCGCAAGACCGAGCACAAUAAAAUGCGGUUGUCAGUGGCCACUGCAUCCGUGUGCUUUAUGCACUGGGCGAUCAGACCCUACUGCACCUCGAGACCUCCCAGACACCAUGAUGAAGUCGCAAAGAGUAGCACUGCUGGAUCCUGGUUUCCAUCCAGUUCUUAGUUUUUCCGAAGAUAUUUCAAAUUCGAUUUUCUUUGAGAAAAUAUCUCGAGAUACAGAUUGGCAAAAUCGUGUUGCACGUAGUACUGCGAAAACAGUAAUCCGAGGUGCCCUCGCCGCCCAACGAGCUGCUGAAAAGGAAGAACAACGCGCGGUCAAUGCCACAAGUGGACGAAUAACACCAAGUACGCCACAUAAUGCUAAUACAUCGUCUUCGUCUAAUAAUGGCGGAACGACUGGCAAAAGAAAGUACACAAAACGAAAUCAUCAGGAUUCUCAAGGCGGCGGAAGUCAUUCGACAACGCCACUUGUGGCCAACAAAGUGGGAAAAAGCUCAAAGAAGCAGCAUCGACAACGGAAUCGAUCACCGGAUUACGUUCCAUAUCCACGAAAACAAAUAAACAACAACCAUCAGACGCUUUCAUCUCACCAGUCUCUUCACCAAAAUGCCGAGCAAUCCAAUCAUCACCAAGCACAUUCAUCAUUGAACUACCAAAACUCAAAAAAUAAUAAAAUACGAAAACUAUCGUCAGCAUCUACAGCAGCAGCAGCAACAACAGCAACAACAAUUUAUAAUAAUCAUAGCGGAAUUCAUUUAUCCAGCAAUAACAUUCUUAAUCCAAACAACUAUCAGCAACAUCUCAAUAAUCAACAGCAUCAUAGCUACAACAAUGAAUUGAAUUUUCUGCAUUGUGACAGUCUCGACGGAGACUCGUCCACCAAUGGUUUGAUGAUGGGCCCAUCCGGACGCAGUAGGACAUCGUCACCAACGCACGGUAGUAGUCAUCAAAAGUACGAGAGAGCUCUUGAAAGAAGAAGUCGUACUUCGUAUGACAUCGACAACAUUGUCAUUCCUUAUAGUGUGGCCGCGGCGACACGCGUUGAAUUGCUACCAUACAAAGAAAUUCCAACGCCAAAAUGGCGAAUAAUAGACUAUGAUGCUGAAGAUAUCACUAAAAACACAACCAAUUCUGAAAGAACUGACAAAAUCAAGCCAGUGGAAUCCACUAGCUUAGCAGCCAAUCCAGAAGAAGAAACAUCCAAAUCUACAGAGAAAGAAGAGAGUGGCAAAAAGGAAGAAAAUAUCCGUGGUCCUAGUCAGUUGGAUGACGACGAAGAAGGUGGAGAAGAAGAUAUAUCCGAUGAAGCGAUGAUAUUGCGUCAUGAACGCGCUCUCACCGAGGAACGUCGAAAAUUCCAAACUUUCUUGAAAUUCCCAUACAGCACAAGAUCGCGGGCAAAUCGUCGCAUAGACAGUCGAGCUGAAUCGAGUGGAGCUAAUACGCCAGAUCCGACAUCGCCAGCUCCAAAUACACCAAGUGUAGGAGGAGAUCAAGAGUCGAUUCCAUCACCAUUUGCUCCUUCAACACCAUUGACUCCACUUGAAAGUAUUGCUGAAACCGGGGAAACAUCAAGUAAUCCAUCAGCCUUAGAUAAUACUACUUCGAUUAUGAGUCUUUUGAAUUCGAUAAGUAAAAAACAAGAGCGUCGCAGAACGGUAUCAACCAAAAAGGAGAAGGAAAAGGAUGAGCAUCGUAGGAGCUCUACUCCUGAUCCAAGAGAUCUUAUUCCGCCGUACGAACCCCUCAAGUUUCCUAUUCCCAAUGAUCUCUUCGACACAAUGCUGAAGAUGAUGCCAGAUGAGUAUCCUCCACCACAAGAAGACUGCCCACAAUCAAUAAAAAAACCAUUAACCACAACAGCAACAAAAACAACGCCAACAAAGGCAAAUGGUUUUGUUGAUACAAAUAGCUCCCAGCUACCGCCACCAACGGGUGUUGCUCAAAAAAUAGUCUGUGAUCCAAAUAAAAAACUGAAUAAUAACAAAAACGCUUUAUUAACAACACUGAAUAACCAAAAAAGCAUUGAGCACAUAACCGGCGAAGAGGGAAAUCCUGAACACGAAGACGCUGAUGGUCAGCACUUCCAAGAUUAUUAUACAUCAGGAGCAGUAGCUGUUAAUGGUGAAAGUAUUAAAGAUGGAAUGGGAGCACCGCCACCUCCUCCACAACUACCUCUACAACCAGGGAUGGAAUUCCAGCCGUCAUUUAUGUGCCGAAAUAAUUUACUCGGAUGCAGUGAUACCGAAUCCUUGGAAUCGGAAAAUGAUGGAGAUGAUGAUCCCAAUGAUCCAGAAUGGAAAGAAGAAGAAAAACGCAAAUGAAGGAUUAUCUAACAUCCAACAUCAUGGAUUCAAGUAUUUUUGUAUUCUUGGCAAUUUAUCUUUGUUCUAAGUUGUUAAUUUUUACUUUGGGUUCAAUACUAAGAUAAUAGACAUACAAAUAUGUGGUGGCUUCAAGAUAAAAACUACAAGCUUACGCAACUUGUUUCCACAUAUUAUAGUCUUGGGUGAUACCUAUGUAUCUAGAUUGUACCUACUUUUAAUAUUUUAAAUUUUUUCUCAACUUUUAUGAUUUACACAUGGUUUUUUAAUUUUGAAUUUAUCAAUUAAAUAUAAUUGUUUUGAUUAUUUAAAAUAUCGAUGGUUAAAAAUAAUAAACUGUAAAAUAAAAACAAACACAUUUCAAAUUUUUGUUAUGAAAACAAAAGAAAAAGAAGAAAUGCUUAUUCGCGUGUGUACAUGUUUGCACGAAAAUACAAAUAUUUAUAAAAACAAGGACAAUAAAUAUCUCAAAAGGCUUGUGUGCGUCGUGAACAGUGUUUAGAUGAAUAAGUCCUUGGCCUUAUUUUGCUUACCCCUGCUAAUUGAAGUAUACAAACAAAUAAAAGAGUAAUUUUAAAAGAUUGAUUUCAAUCCUGUUAAAUUUUUAAUUGCGAUUUAACUCGUAAGUUCGGGUCUUUUUUUCAAUUGCCUAUCCAUGUGAUUUAGAACCCUUUGUUUUGUAUUGAAACUAAGCUCAUUUGUCUUUUUUAUCAUUAAUUCUAUGGUUGAUCUUACUUCAAGUAAAACACGACUAUACAUGGAUGUAAAAAACAUAGUCGCCAUGUUCUCUGCUUAUGGCUUGAUUUGACGCCUUCUCAAGUCCCUACUUAAGUAUUUAUCGAUGUUCUCACUUGGAUAGAAGUAUUCCUCUCAGUAAACGUUUCCAAACUUAGUCACAAUAAUUAAUAUAUUUUAUUAAACUUAAAAAAAAGUACGCUUGCUGCUUAGUGUUGAAAGAUUUUUAUUCGUAGUAAUUCUUUAAAAAAAAAUGUAAAAUGUAGAAUGGAGAGCCUAGCUUUCUUAAUUUCAACAAAUAAAAACAAAUAUUUUUGUAUUUUUAAGUUUUUAUUUCAAAAACAAAGAAAGUUCUUAUAACUUUUUUUAAUUUUCUUAAACGAAGGUUUUCAUAAAAUCUUUAAAAAAAAACGACAUAAAUGUAUAAAAUAAACAAAAUAAAAAUGUAAAAAAAUGUAUCUAUGAAAUAUGUAGUUUUUAAGAUGUUUUGUAAUCAUUUGUUGGUAGUAUUUUUAUAUAUAUUAAAAAAGUAUGCUCUUGCAUUAAUAAUUGCAUACAUAUAGUUUAUUUUUUCUUAAGUAAGUUGUCUUUUUUUUCACUUAAAUGUAAAUAAUUAAUUCUUAUGCUUUAUUUAAGUUUUUACUUUGCUCAGCAAUAUAAAGAAAAUAUAAAAUAUUUGAAGAAAGCGACAACAAAAAAAACAUAAACAACACAAAAUAGAGAACGUUACUCAAUUUUGUUGGUUAUUUUAUUUCUUAUUUUUUUAAACUUUAUAUAUACUGUAAAACAAGAAUUAUAAAUGAAUUAUAUUCAAUAAUUAUUAAAAGAAAACAAAUAUUUUAAAUUAAUAAACAAACAAAUUUGUAACAUACAUAAUGAAUUAGGUCGUUAACAAAAAGAAAACAUUAAUACAUUUAUAAUAUUAGACUUAUAAAACAUAUAUAUACACUAUGUAAUAUAAAGUUUUAAUGGUUCUGAAUUAUUUAGAAUAUAAAAUCAUGAUGUAUAAAUGGAGGUCGUCGAGCAUUAAACAUAAAAAAUUAUAAUAAGCUUUCAAAGGAAAACAAAUUAUUAACUAUAACAAACAUUGAAAAAUCAGAAUAAAAGAUAUAUUUAACAUAACGCAAAUAAGAAAAACAUAAAGAACACAAUAAAAAAUCAAUAAAAUAUAAAAAGUUA